AGAGUCAGUCUACGAUCACGCGUCACUAGGAAUAGUGUUGGUCGGCUCCGUGUACUCCCGUAUUCGCAAAGUCGAGUCGGCAGCGUGAGACAGACGGGCCAAAAGAGAGGAAAAAAAAACGAGACGAGGACGCAUCGCGUGCCGCACCGCAUUUCGGACGGACGAUCACGGCAGAGGAUGGCGGACACCAAGGACGACUCCGCCGACAAUGUGCAGUUCUUCGAGGGCGUCGAGAAGCUUCUCGAGAUCUGGUUCACCAGCUCCAAGGGCCUGAAGCAGCACCAGGGCGAUCUCCGACAAAUACCGCGGCAAAAGUGGGAAUCGUUGCUGAAGAUAGUCCGUUGCGAGAUCAUCAGCUUCUGCCACAAUGAUUUAGUGGAUGCCUAUGUCCUCAGCGAAAGCAGCAUGUUCGUGUCCAAGCGCAGACUCAUCCUGAAAACCUGCGGCACUACUACGCCUCUGCAGUGCCUGGAGCCACUUCUGGAGCUCGUUGAGGAGUACACAGGCUUCGACGACGUCGAGAAUGUAUUUUAUUCCCGGAAGAAUUAUAAGAAACCGCAGCUCCAAAUAUCACCGCAUCAGACGUUUGAAGAGGAAGUUGCUCUGUUGGAUUCCCUCUUUCCGGAUGGCGAGGCUUAUUGCAUGGGCUCACCCGAGACGGACUGCUGGUAUCUUUACACUCUGAUCCGCGACAAGCCGCUGCAGGAUCCUCCGGAACCUGAUCAGACUCUGGAGAUACUUAUGACACACCUGGAUCCAGAUGUAAUGUCCAUCUUCACCAGAGAUGUUUGCUCGUCUGCUGAUGAGGCGACGAUGAAGUCGGGGAUCGAUAAGCUCAUCCCCAGCAUGAUGAUAGAUGACUUCCUGUUCGAGCCAUGCGGAUACUCGAUGAACGGAGUAUCAAAGAAUGGCAGUUACAUGACGAUCCACAUCACGCCAGAGCCUGAAUUCUCGUACGUCUCGUUCGAAUGCAACGUGCCAGAAGCGUCGUACGACGAGAUAAUCCGUCGCGUGCUCAACACCUUCAAACCGGGCAAAUUCGUGGUGACCAUCUUCGCGAACAAGCAAUCUGCGGCGGCGAAUUGCCCGCGCGAUCUCGAGAAGCGGACCGGUUACCUGAACCGCUCCGGCGACUGGCUGCGCACCGACGUGCAGUACUGCCGCUUCCCGAACUACGAUCUGAUCUGCGCCUUCUUCUCGCGUUUCCCGAGCUGAGGGUUCAAGGACGCUUCAUUUGUCU